ACCAGUUGUUUAUGUAAUUGUGAACAGCUGUGCGAGAAGCAUACUGGAAUCAUGUUAAAUUUGACUCUUCGACGAAUCGCUGGAGUUUCCUCGCGAAACCUGAAUCAACUGACGCCCACGAUCAGCAGCUUGGGACAGAUCCUUUCCAGAGCCACCAUGUCGCAGGAGGCGGGUCAGUAUCCGCCGAUCGAGUCCGCAAUGCGAAAGGCACUUACCACCGAACUGAAGCCGGUGUUCCUGGAGGUCAUUAACGAAUCGCCACAGCACAAUGUGCCCAAGUACUCAGAGUCCCACUUUAGAGUGUUUGUUGUUUCCGAAAAGUUUAAUGAUCUCACCCUCAUCAAGCGCCAUCGUUUGGUCAAUGAUACGGUGAAGAAUGCCCUCAAAGCAGCCGGUUUCGAGUUCAUGCACGCCCUGUCCAUUGAAGCUAAGACGCCCAAGCAGUGGGAACCGGAGCAGGAGCCGGAGAAGAGUCCGCCGUGCCUGGGAGGCCACGGCAAGUAAACCAGGAUGAAUCAGAACCCAAUUCUAUGUACAAAGGACCUACUUUACUACUCACAAAGCCAGCUUAAGCAAAUACAACAAUCACCAAUGGAAA